AUGGCAGCAGACCUCGAACUCAAUGCUUCCGCCUGGCCCCGCCCCCUCAUGAACGCCACCUGUGCGCCAGAGGUGGCAGGGGCGUGGCCGCGUGGCCUCCUCCACCUGGUUCUGGUCACCGCGGUAACCAUCUCGCUGAGCGGCGUCACCGUGCUGGGAAACUUCCUGGUCCUGCUGUCCGUCAAGGUGAACCGUCGCCUGCGGACCGUCAACAACUACUUCCUGCUGAGCCUGGCCGUGGCCGACCUGCUGGUGGGCGUGGUCUCCAUGAACGUGUAUGUGCUCUAUGCGGUGUGUGGCUACUGGCCCCUAGGGGCCGUCCUGUGUGACCUGUGGCUGGUGGUGGACUACGGCGUGAGCGCGGCGGCCGUGCUGAACCUGCUCGUCAUCAGCUUGGACCGCUUCUUCUGUCUGACCCGUCCACUCAGCUACCCGUCUAGGCGGACAGGUAAGAUGGCUGCCCUGAUGAUCGCGGCCGCUUGGCUGCUGUCCUUUGCCCUGUGGACGCCCGCCAUCAUGUGCUGGCAGACAUCUGGCGGCGAGCGCCUUGUCCCGGAGGACGAGUGUUACCCGCGUCUGCUCGCCAGUCCGGUCGUGACCCUCGGGACUGCCCUGCCUGCCUUCUUCCUGCCCGCCCUCGCCAUGGUGGGCCUCUAUGGACACGUGUCUGCCGCCAGCUGCCGGCGCCUCAGUGCGCUCCGCCAUCCACAAGCGGGUGACUCUGGGACGUCCAGCUCGUCCCCACAGAGCUUUCCCCCGAAACGUCGAGGCGAGCCCACAGGUGACCCCGUGUCACAGUCUCGGCGCCAAUGGCGGUUUGGCGACUUCAAACUCAGGAUGCAUCGGGCGGCAUCCACGGGAAGUGACAUGUCAGAAAGGACGGGCGUCUCGCCACGUCCAUCGGGCAAAGACGACGACUCUUCCUGCUCCCGAAAGCGCAAGUCGACCUCCUCCUCGACGCGACGCAGGAUCGUGGUCAGGGAGAGAAGAGUCACGUGGACCAUCCUCACCAUCUUGCUGAUCUUCAUCGUCACCCGUGUGCCGCACAACGCCAUGGCGCUGGUCGUUGCCUUCUGCCACGUGCGCAUCCCCCACUUUCUGUGGCAGGCGGGGCGCUGGAUGGCUUACCUCAACAGCGCCCUCGACCCCGCCUGCUACGCCCUCUGCAGCGCCACCUUCAGGACCACCUUCUGCCGCCUGCUGCGGUGCCGCCGCCACCGAGCACCUUGA